AUGGGCAUCAACCAGUGGCUCGAAGCCACGGUUUGGCACGCAUGCCAGGCCCCUGACCAGAAGAUUGAAUGCAUCGAAUAUGGCAUCAUUGGCGCCGGCUCCUUUCUGCUGGCCUGUAUUGCCGUCGUUUUCAUCAUUGCUGGCAUCUUUGGUGACCCUAUACGUCCCCUUCGGAUCCUCAUCUUCUCGCUUGUACUAGUCGAGUGCCUCCUAGUGGGCGUGCGUGCCGUGUUCUACGCGCAUCCUGCGCUCGCCAUUGCCCAGCUCUUGCUGGAUGUACAGCUCAAUUUCCUACCCAUCUACACCUACCUGUCCUAUGCUGUCCGAAGCGUCGGCUACCGCAAUGUCUUGGCUCAGUUGAUCGGGCCAGCCUUUUUACUGCAACUGGUCAUCCUGGGCGGUCUCACUGUGACGACUGCCGUCUUGAACCGAGCUAGCACCCAAUUUUGCGCCUCGGCUAUUUACGUCACCACUGUGGGCUUGGCUGUGGGCUUUUACAUUUUCUGUAUGGCAUGGACCACAUCGAUACACAUGCAGAUACGACCGCGUCUGUUAGAGGUGCAGCGAACGUCUGAAGGGCGUCUGUACGCGUGGUGUUGUGUCAUUGGAGUGAGCGUUAUGGUGCAAGUGGGAGCGGGCAUCUAUCAGGCCAAUGCGUUUUCCUGUGAUUUUUCCACCCUGAGUGACUCGACGGCCGCCACUGCUGCGAGACUGGCCAUGUGGGUCAUGCAAGUGGUGUGGCCCUGCACAGCCGCAAUAAUCGUCACAAGUCUCGAGGCCACCUCGAGCCAACAGGCAGCGUUGACCCGGGACGGCUACAUGCAGCUCGAAAGCUAG